AUCGCCGCUGCGAGCACUUUACCCAGACCGUUGCCAUAGCCGGCAUUUGUCAUCCUGGCACCACGUAUAUAACCUGCUGUGUCGCUGCCCGACACUCUGCCAGUAAUCCGCUACUUCAGCCUCCUCCUAGCGUCCGUCAUCACCUGCUGUCUGGCCUAGCAUAGCCGAGUGUUCGCACCGCUCCACUUCCGUCCUCCACUUCCGUCGUUCCGUCCCGUCAUCCACCAGCCAUCACGUGCUGCAAACCCCCCUGAUCUUAACCGCCACCACCAUUCCUCCACCACUCCAGCCAGCGGCACACCAGCCUCCUCCUCCCAUGUCGCUGCCCUCUGUCACUCAGCAGCCGCUGACGCUUCCGCUGCACACGUUCGGGGGCCCCCCCACCUCCACGACGUCCUCCACCGUCUUCCAACAGCCGUCCUUUGUGGGCAACACUCCGUCCACGGUGUUGUUCUUCUUGGCUCUAGCCGUGGGUGUGUUCAUCGCCACCCUCUUCAUCUUCUUCACGGUCCGCUACUUCGUGCGUUCCAAGUACGGCCUCCAUGUCUACCCACUCACCCACCGCAACUUCGUGGCCUCCAACUCGUUGCUCUCCAGCGUGUUGGCCAGCGGCAACAACAACGACACGGCGCCUGGCGGCUCAGGAGGCGCUGCCUCCGGCCGUGCGCCAGGCUUCUUGUCGUCCAACCCCACCAACGACGAGAUCUACGAGCAGCUCGAGUUCAUCCGUGAGUACGCCAUCCGAAGAGGCCUGACGUGGAACGGACGCAUGUACAUGAGCCAGCGCACCCGGAGAAGACACAGGCGAAGAAGAAGAGCUCGUUUUGCCAAGAUGAAGAAGCUCUCGGAAGAAGAGGUCGAGAUCUUGUUCCCCAAGAAAACCUACCAUGACUGGCUCAACGGUGGGAAAGAACGUGAUCACGAGCAGAGAGACGGUGUGCUCCAGGAGGACGCCGCCGCAAAAGGCCUCGCGGUACCUGAGCCACUUGCUGAGGCUCCCGAGGAGAUCACCACCGUUGUCUCCACCACCACCACCAAGAAAGAGAGAACCUCUCACGACAUCACCUCGCUUGGCGAACACGCAGGAACCACAACUACUGCAACCACUAAUACGACCACCACCACCACCACCACAUCCGAGGCCAUCGAGCUCGACGAGUUGCCCCCCGUGGACAUCCCCGAUCUCCUCGACUCGGCGUCCAAGCCCGAGUCUGUCAAUGACGACCCCAGCGAAGAGCUCCACUUCACCUCCGGCACCUGUGCCAUCUGCUUGGAGGUGCUCGAGGGCGAAGAUAUCGUCAGAGGCUUGAUCUGCGGCCAUGUGUUCCAUGCCGAGUGCUUGGACCCCUGGCUCGUGAAAAGAAGAGCUUGCUGCCCCAUGUGCAAGCGGGAUUAUUUAUACAAGAACUCUGCUACUGCCACUACCGGCACUAGCAACGGGGAAUUAACCAAUAAUGACACUACCAAUAAUGACAGCACUAAUGACGAGAACACCAACAACGGCAGUUCCCCCACCCCCGAUGCCACUCCCAACGGCGAAGCCCCCGCUGCUAACGCCAAUGGUGACGCUAGUUCUACCAACAACAACAACACCAACACAAAUGCAAAUGAAGAAGACGAAGAUCGACUCAGCGUUGACCUCGAGGCCUUGCGCUCCGAUCCUGCACUCCGUGCCCUCAUCCAAGAGUUGAUCCCAAUAGAUGAGCGGGUGCAGUUGAUUUUGAGAGACUCCCAGUACGCACACUUGAAUAUCGAGGAGCGGGCCACCGAAACUUCCAACCGAAAGUAUGGCACAGUCAAGGCCAUCUGGUGGAGGCUCAUGGGCAUCAGCAAGAACGAUUUGUUCAAUUGGUGUGUGAUGAGGAUUUAUCUCGAGAACCGAGACUCUGUUGUUGCGGCUGCUCAGGCUGCUAGAUCCGAAACGCCAGAAGGCGAGACAGCAGCUACUGCUGAGACUCCAGAGGCUGAACAAACUACUGCUGAGACUCCAGAGGCCCCAGAGACCGCAGAAGCCACAGAAACCACUCCAGACUCCGAGACUGCCCAAGCAGCACCUGGAACCGAGCCCCUCGAGGCCCUUUCCGAGCCCGCAGACAGAAACUCCGACGCACAACCCACCGAUGCCCAGCGGAGCAUUGUCGAGCAACGUGUAUAGGAUAGGACAAUAUUAGGACUAUCAAGGACCGAUAAGUAGAACUAUUGUGCGAGAAGAGCCAUGAAAAGUGAAAACUUUUCAGCAGUGAUUAUUGCAGAGCGACCAAUCUACUACCAAACAAAUUGUUUUAGAUAUUCUCAUCAAGCUUGUAUUUGGACGGCGCAAACUAAACCGAUUUCGUUAUUUCAAGCAUAUUGGCAAUUUGUG